GCCAAAAAAGUUUACAAAAGAAGAAAAUAGGAAGAUGAACCUAUUCACUGAUUCGGUAUCAUAGAAUCCGAAUCGUAAUUAAACGUUGAAGCAAGAUUUCACGAUUUCAUAAUUCUGAACAAAGAGCGGAUAUAUAUCACCAACGAUCAACGCAGAGACAUUUCGGUAUGAAAAGUUGACUUACUGGCAACGCUUACAAACAACAAUAACGUCUAUGAUCGCUAAACAUGACUUUGUUUAAGUAUUGCGUGAGCCUCCAUUUAGCAUUACACGUAUCUUUGGCUUAUAACUUGACGUCAACGACUGAAGCAUCAUUCGGCUACGUAUCAUUUGUUAAUGAUACGCCCUCAGCCCCCAGAUAUAGUGCCGAUCACAUAAUGUUAGUUGCUAUAAAGAAGGAUGAUGUCAUACUAUAUACUUACUUAAAUGAAAACAAUGCAAACGAAAUGUUAACAUUCAGCAAACUUCCUCUCCAUGACGUAUACCAACCUAGGUUUGCAGUAUUCGAUCCUGUUGAUGAAAUAGUUUAUUGGUCAAAUCGUUAUGGAAUAUAUCGAGAAUCUAUACAUGGUGGCAGCAAAAAAGUAUUUAUCGACUCACCGGAUACAAAACUUUUACAACUCGACUACAUAACCCGGAAAGUAUUUUGGGUAGACGGUGACUUGUUUGAGGUAAACACGAAUGGGUCAUUCAUGAGACAAGUCUGCGAUAUAGGCCUACAUAACGAAGAUGUCACUGGUGUCAAUAUUGAUACAGAUAACGGAAUUAUGUAUUUCAGUUUAAUUCAUGAUGACAUUAUGACGAUAGGAAGUUUAAAUCUGGCCGAUUGCAGCAUACACACGAUGGUUCUUGGCGACCAGAUACUUCAUGGGCGUAUAGCGUUUGAUAUCGAACAGCAUUCUCUUCAUUGGAUAUUCUAUGACAGGGAUUUUGCUAACUUUGGAUAUAUUAACAAUGGAAUAUGCAAUGUGGCAGUCAAAACCUCAUUCAGGAUUUUAUAUAGGCCCAAUAGUCGUUUUCGUGAUAUCGCUGUUUAUCAGUCGUAUUUAUUUUUUACUUGGAAUGACGACGGAGUUAUUGGACGGAUGCAAAAGAAUGGAUCAGAUCAAGUACUAUUUUUUCAAGACAGACAACAAAAUGGACAAAUUCGAUUGGAAAUUCAAAGAGUUAAUUUUUCAGGAAAAGCGACAGCAACUAUGAACACCGUAAUGGAAACAACGACAGGAUUUCACACGCCUGUGGAUGGUGUAGACUGUGGACCUCGAACUGAUGUAGUAGAAACUCCUAAAAUAUCAAGACAGGAGAAAGUAAUGGAAUAUUUAUUGAAUAAUGACGACAAAAUUCAUGAUCAACAUAUUUUGACUGGAGAUGAAAUAGCGUCCAGUAUGGCAGAUAUUGAAAAAUUGUUAAUGAACAUGUUAAAAUCAUCUGGAAACAGAAGUUACUCGUUUUUGUCUCAGAGGCUUCGUUCGAAAUCAAAAUAUAUUGACAGUAAAUGGGAAUUGAGUGAAGUUAUGGAUACAAACACAAACCAUACAGUGUCUGCGGAUAUUGACAUUGUGCCAGGAGGACUUAUUGCUACUAUAAAUUAUGUAAAACCAGAAGUAAUUGCAGUUGGACCUCAGAACACCGUAAACUUCGAAUUUUCAGACGACAAUUCUUCGAAUAUCAGUACAUCAGUUUAUAUAGUUAGUGGUAUGUUCUCCUUGACUGUAUACCGAGGAAAUAGCGUUGCCGACUGUGGAGUAACAAUUGGCAUACCGAUUCUUUCAUACUACACAAAUCCAACCUUAAAUAUCGACCAAUCGUCGUCAUUAACGUGUGCAUUUUAUGACAUAUUGAUCAAUAAGUGGUCAACGAAUGGCUGUAGUAUGACGUCUUCUGCUGGGGAUGUGGUAAAGUGUACGUGCUCACACAUGACUAGUUUUGCUGUUUUAAUGAAAGUUUCAUCCUACGAGAUUCCGGUACAUCAAUACGAAACGUUGUCCAUAAUAUCUACGAUUGGACUUGCCCUGUCAAUGUCUGCUCUUGUUGUAACACUGACUGUGUACAUGAUUCUACGGAAACUUCAGAAUUCAUUACGGCACACCAUUCACAAGAACUUAAUUGGGAAUUUGAUAAUAUUCGGUAUGAUAUUUUUGACAGCUAUCGACAAAACAGGACAUCAGGUUAUUUGCAAGGUCGUUGGUAUAUCUCUCCAUUAUGAGGUCCUCUGUGUAUUCAUGUGGAUGCUAGCUGAAGCCGUGUACCUCGUCUUUAAAGUUGUCAAAAAGACACCAAGUUCUUACAACAAGUUGAAAUAUUACUUAGUUGUGUGUUACGUCACUCCGUUGUUAAUUGUAUUUCCGGUUGUCAUCGUACGCUAUGACUGGUACACCACUGAGAAACUUUGCUGGUUAUCUACCUCUGGUCGAUGGGCAGUCGUGAUUCCUGCUAUGACGGUAGUCUUGUUCAACCUGGUUCUACUCUCAAAGAUGAUACACAUCAUGUACAUACGUUCUGGACCAAUGAAGCGUAGGUCGCCGGCUAUAAGGGAUGAUUACAAGCAACUUAGAUUCGCCGUUAGAGGAAGCUUCAUCUUGCUGCCUAUUCUUGGUGUGACGUGGGUUGUUGGACCGUUUGCUGUUGAUUCAAACAGUCUCGUUUUAAGCUAUUUAUUCAACAUUUCCAACUCCUUACAAGGACUUUUCAUAUUCAUAGCUUACUGCCUAUUCGACAAAGAGGUCAGAGCGUCUGUGAAGAAACUGCGCAAACGGAAAGGAAAUGUCAGUGCAGCCGAACCCAACACUACAAACCCAGUAACUAUAUCAACAAGUAUUGUCGUAAAGAAUAAUAAUUAUUUUGAAUGACAAUCAUCAGUAUUUGUGCUGAACUGCUAGUCAUAUAUAUACAAUAUAUUGCAAUUUCUG